AUGAGCUUCACUGAAACAACAGUAGCCUGGGUCAACUCCACACAUUCUCUCUUAUCCAAAACAAACGUCUAUAUCCUGUGCCUAAUCCUCUUUGGCGCCUACCUUAUCCUUGUUCGGUCUCUUCGAUACAAGUAUAUAAACAAUCUGCGGAAACAAUACCCUGAUCCUCAGGUUGUCUUUGAAGAUUACGAUGCUGCCGAAGCAAUAUUCAGUCAUGCAUUUAGAAGAGAAUUCCCCAUAAUUUCACGCGAAUCACUGGAAUUUGCGUUGUUCAAGACAUUCGUUGUUCCUUCAAUAAGCAAAACCUUGGUUGCAUCAACUAUAUUCGAGAAAGACUGUGCAAAGAGAGCAGACGACACAGAGCUUAUCCUAGGUGAAAUUGCAGAUCCUUAUCCUCGAAUCCAGAACCACAUGAAGAUCUGUCCGUUCAUAAGUGAAAUGGACAUCAUGAACCAAAGAGGACGAGCAACCCAAGCAAUAAACCGAUUGAACGACAUCCAUGCAAAGCACAAUAUCCGUAACGAUGAUCACAUUUACACAGUCGGUCUAUUUGUAGCAGAGCCAAUUCGAUGGAUUGCCCAGUUUGAGUGGAGAGAGCUUGACGAACGAGAAAUAAACGCAAUGUUUGUUAUUUGGGCUGAUUUAGGAAAAAAGAUGAAAAUCAAAGAUAUUCCAGCAACACCACAAGAACUUACAGCAUUCAGACAGCAUUAUGAAAAGACCGUGGUUCGAUACAGCAAAUCAAACUGGAAAUGUGCACAACACACAAUUGACCAUCUCUUGUCUCGGAUACCAAAACUGUUCUGGCCAAUUGUUUACAAGAUUAUUCCAUGUGUUCUGGAUGAGCACGAUAUUGUUGCGUUUGGAAUAGAGCCUCCAUCACCAAUUUUCAAGACCAUUUUCUGGUACACUAUGCGUUUGCGAGCAAAUUUCAUUCGCUACCUCUGUCUUCCUCGCACUGACUUUGUUAUCCGAACACCAUACUCACCCAACGCCCAAGGACGAUUCACACCCGUCUAUGAUGUCUAUAAAUCCAUCUACACGACCGGUUACAACAUCUUUGAAUUAGGGCACAUCAAAGGAGAAUCAGCAUCAAAAUGCCCAAUGAGUCGAUAA